AUGAUUAGUUUACGUCUGAUCUGUGGUGUUCUCAUCACUCAUAUCUCUUUAUAUGCAUCUGUACAUGCUAUCCAGCAUCACGAUUCAUACACUUGUGAUUCGCCCAUCUACUGUGAAGGCCCUAUCCUCAAGACAGUGCAAUUGGCUAGAGUGUUUGCUGAUUCAAAGACGUUUGUAGACAUGCCAACUGCAAAGUCUGAGGCUCAAGUCAUUGAGUCUUUCAAUCAACUGGGUGGUACAAAUGCUACAAAAGAGCAAGUGAUGCAGUUUUUGAAUGAAAACUUCUUGCCUGCUGGAACAGAAGUGAAGCUCUUGACCAAUAUCACUAUACCUGAACUGCCUUGGAUAGACUCUAUCUCUGAUCCCGAGUACCGUGGCUGGCUCAGUACGCUCAACAAGGCCUGGGGUAAUCUGACCUUUGAAUUUGACGAUACUGCCUUGUGUGAAGAUUGCGUGUCAUCUACGUUGCCUGUAUCUCGUCCGUUCGUCGUGCCAGGCGGUCGCUUUCGAGAAUUUUACUACUGGGACUCAUACUUUGUCAUCAAAGGCUUGUUGUUGGGUGAUCAAAUUGAUCUGGCAAGAAACAUGAUUGAGAACUUUUUUGAUUUUGUCCAGAAAUAUGGCUUCAUUCCAAACGGCGCUCGUGUUUACUAUCUCAACCGCUCACAACCGCCCUUCUUGACGCAUAUGGUACAAGCUUUCUAUGAAAAGACAGGUGACGAUGACUUCAUGGCAAAGGCCUUGCCUAUCUUGGAUCAAGAAUAUGCCCAUUGGAUGACCAAUGCCAGUAUUCAAGUUCGAGACCCCAAGCAUUCCAAGAAAUAUACCUUGAAUCACUAUGUUACCGCCAACACAUCCCCUCGUCCCGAGUCCUUUGUAGAAGAUUACAACACUGUCAACAAUGGCACUCAUUUCACUGACGCCGAGAAGUUGCAAAUGUACGCCGAUAUUGCCGCUGGUGCCGAAUCUGGUUGGGAUUAUUCUUCCCGUUGGACAAAGAACAAGGUUCCUGCAGCAAAUCAAACCGAGAGCUAUGAGAUGUUACGCACCAUCAAUACCGCCAACAUUAUCCCCAUCGAACUCAACUCCCUCUUGUGGCAUACAGAGACCAAGCUGUCUGAGUGGUACGUGCGCUUUGGCAACAAGACCAAGACCUACAAGAAAAGAUCCAAGUACUACAAGAGCCAGGCAAAAGCUCGGUUAACUGCCAUGGAAAAUCUCAUGUGGAAUCCCCAGAACCAUACCUUUUAUGAUUUCAAUUUGACCAGUAAUGCCCAAAGUACCGAUUUUACGCCUGCCAAUUUGUUUCCCAUGUGGGUAGGUGCACUGCCUGAGAAGAUCCUCAACAACAGAACCGAGGUUGCUAAACUGUACGAUGAAGCCGAGAACGCGCUUCGCAAGUAUCCUGGUAUCUUGACCACGUCCUACUACAACACCACCAUGCAGUGGGAUUGGCCAAACGGCUGGCCUCCUCUCUCUUAUGUGGCCAUGGAGGGCAUGCUGCGUAUCGAUGAGUACCUCAACAAGCAAGACCGUUUCAAGAAUGGCACCAUCCAUUACAAAGGUCCUCAACUCAACACUACCAGAGGCACUCCCAUCUCUACUUUGGCGCGUGUCCUGGCUGAGCGUUAUGCUGCUUCUGCUUACUGUGGAUGGGUCAAUACGGGAGGAUCUAUUCCUGGCUUGCUUGAGAAAACAAACAGUUCAGUAACAGAUGAUGGCCAUAUGUUUGAAAAGUUCGAUGUCAAUACCAUUGGAUUAUCGGGUGGGCAAGGUGAAUAUGUCACUCAAACUGGAUUUGGGUGGACCAACGGCAUUGCCUUUUGGAUCUUUAAUCAGUGGUCCAACUUUACUGCUCCUGACUGUACCCAGGUCAUUACAUUAGACUUGUAA